GGCGGCACUUGAAGGUUUUGAGCCGGCUGAACCCGGGAAAAUCGUGUUGGCCUGUUUGAGUUUCAGGGUCAAUCAGGCCCCGAGGAUGGAUAAUGUCCCCAGGAGUUCAGAAAUGUACGGCUCGAUUAAGGUGCGCUGAGGGCACGUUUCGCGUGCACAACAUUUAUGGUGAUGGGAAUUGCAUGUUUCGAGCAAUCAGCUACAUUCUGUGGCGUAAUGAAGACGAACACCGAUACCUUCGUUCAAUGGUGGUUCGACACAUUAAUGAAAAUUGGUACGAGUACGGAGCGUUCGUGAUGGCCGAAUGGAACAUACCAGAGCGUAAAGCCUAUUGCGAUUAUAUGAGUAUGGUGGGCACAUUUGCCAGCGAACUCGAGUGCACGGUUGCUACGAAAAUGUACUACAUGAAUCUAUCGAUUUAUCGCGAGAUCAAUGAUAGACACGAGCUCAAGCGGGUGUUCCACAAUCUCGUGAGCCCUGAAUACGAAACCGCGAGGCUCCUAUUUACCGGAAACUCGGACAGCGGUCAUUAUGACGUUCUGCUUCUUGAACCGGCCACUUAUCUGCGAUGAA